GCGCAAUGUAGCAGGCUCUGACUUGCUGCCUUUGUGUCGUGUGUCACCCCUGCAGUGCAUGGAUGCCAAAUAUCUGGCCGUCUUUCUCAUUCUUGAGUAGGUGUGCGCUGUUGGCCAAGGCUGAAGAGCGUUUCUCCCCCCCAGCAGGCACUCCUCACAGAAUUAGGGUGGUGCUGGAGCCUACUAGGGCAUUCUAGAAACUUCACUGGAACAGGGGAGACAGCCCACUUGAGGAUAUUGACCCAAAGGACUCACAUCUCAUUCCAAAAAACAUCAUGGCUGAGCCAGACUAUAUAGAAGAUGACAAUCCUGAACUAAUUAGGCCUCAGAAACUGAUCAAUCCUGUCAAAACAUCCCGAAACCAUCAAGAUCUUCACAGAGAACUUCUUAUGAAUCAAAAAAGGGGUCUUGCCCCUCAGAAUAAACCAGAAUUGCAGAAGGUGAUGGAAAAGAGAAAACGAGACCAAGUAAUAAAGCAGAAGGAAGAAGAAGCCCAGAAGAAGAAAUCUGACUUGGAAAUAGAACUAUUAAAACGGCAGCAGAAGUUGGAGCAGCUUGAACUCGAGAAGCAGAAAUUGCAAGAAGAGCAAGAAAAUGCCCCAGAAUUUGUGAAGGUGAAAGGCAAUCUCAGGAGAACAGGCCAAGAAGUUGCCCAAGCCCAGGAAUCCUAGGCUGAGUCUGCAGAGACCUUGUGCGUCCCCACCUGUCAGACACAGAGCUGUGUCUGCAGGUGCUUCCUCUGUGCUAAUCUCAGGGCAAAAGCCCCUGGAGAGAAUUCCAGCUAGCAGAGAAUUUUGACUUUAAAAAGGUUUUGGCUUGAUUUUGCCUACAGUCUGGGUGGAUAAAUUGCCUAUGACGCUUGCAGUUCCUAUGCGCCAAAUAAGGACAUUGACCAGCACAUAAGUUGGAAUAAUGGACUUGUGUUCAAAAAUAAAAACAAAAAACA